AUGUUGCUGUGGGUCAGGGUGACCCUGGCUGGACCCCAACUGAACAGUGACAGCCUGUCAGGUCGACCUACAUCCACCUACAUGGUGUUGGGGCUCCAGGAACCGGCGGCGGUGCAGAACCAGAUCCUCACCGCCACGGUGAAGAUGUUCCUCAAGUGUCCGCAGUCCUCCAAGCAGCUGGUGGGUCGCGUCCUGAAGCUCUGCACCGACGAGAGCACCAACCCGGACCUGAGAGACCGAGGCUACAUGUAUUGGAGGAUGCUGGGGAAGUCGCCGGAGAUGGCGAAGCAGGUGGUUCUGUGCGAGCGACCCACCAUCAGCGAGAACCCCUUUGCCUUUCAGCCUCGUGUGCUGGACCGGUUGGUGGCGAACAUUUCCACCUUAGCUUCGGUCUAUCACCAGGUGCCUGAGGCCUUCUGUGACACCAACCGGCGGCACGGCGCCACGGUGAACGACGAGCUCGAGGGAGAGGAGGACUACGCCGAGACGCUGGAGCGCGUGCAGGAGGAGAUCCAGCAGACGGCGGGCAAGACGUACGAGGAGGAGUCCGGCGAUGAGGAAAGCGAGGAGAGCGGCAGCUCCUCGGGCUCCGAGGCCACAGGGCGAGCGCCAUCCUCCCCGACAGGACGUGGUGGCACCACUGCCCCCGCCGGCGGCAGCGCGAACGCCGGUGCGCCACCGCCGCCGCUGCGACCGCUGGCGCAAGUGUUGUCGGAGCAGACGCGGGGGCAGCAAGGGAAGACCGGCCUCAGAGUGGCAGCUGCCGUGGUGCGCGGCCAGGGCGGCGCCGUGGGCAUGCAGCUCAUGGUCGGGAACUUCUCGCCACAGGGGAUGAGCGGCUGGGCGGUGCAGAUGAACAAGAACCCCUUCGGGUUGGCGCCCGCGGGCCCCUUGCAGUUGAAAGAGGUACCGCCCAACGGCACCGGGAAGGCCCUGUUGCCCUUGACGCCGAACCAGCUGCUCUCAGGCGCCGCGCCCUCGAUGCCGCUCUAUUUGGAGGUGGCGAUCAAGACCAAUGUGGACGUCUUCUACCUCAAUGUGGGCUAUGAUCUAUCGGCCGUGCUCGUGGAUAGUGGCCCCAUGCCGAAGGACGCCUUUCAGCGCUUGUGGCAGGCUGCACCUGCAGACAAGAAGGCCAUGUGCCAGGGCGCCUUUGGGCAAAAGGUCAGUGCGCAGAUGGUCUCCACGAGGAUGCAGCAAUACUACUGCUUCCUGGUGGCCCAAACACAGGCACAAGACAUGGAUUUGCUGUACUUUAAUUGCUCCACCAGCAACAAGCUGAACGUCUACUGCGAGUUGAGCCUCCAACGGGCAGGGACAGGAGUGCGGGCGGUGUGCUGCAGCGAGCAGCAGGUCAUGAUACCGCUCUUCCAGAGCUUCCUGUCCGAGCUCCUGCAGGUGAAGUGGCAGCAAGGAGGACCCCCGCAGCGCUAG